AUGACUUUGGUCAUGGUUCAUUCUUUAAUUUCCAUGGAUUAUUUGAUGAUGACGAUGAUGGUGAUGAUGGUAUCUUUUCAUCUUUUGGCAAUAUGUUCCAUGAUUCUGAUGAUUCUGGUGGAUUCAAACGUCAGGGUAAGUAGUUCUAUCUGUAUUGUUACUUUUAACACCACAAUUAUUGUUUUAGUAUGGUAA